CGGAGAGCCGAAUCCGUGAUCGCCUCGACGCCCCGCGACGCCGCUUCGACUUCUUCGACGUCGACGCCGCUGCCCAUUCGACGCCGCUGCCCCUUCUGCCCAUUGACACAUCGAAACCUGGCGCUGCUUUGAGGCUACCACUGGAGCUUCCAGCUUCUGCCACUGGCACAAUGGUGCUCCCCGACAAGAUACGGGUCGCCGCGAGGGCCGGCUACGUCGACAUCGUAUCAAAAUGGCUCGACGCCGACGCGGCGCACGACGUCAACGACGUGGCUGCGGCGGCUGAUGACCCGCGGGUCCGAGGCUGCGGCUUGUUGUUUUCGGCGCUCCAGUACCCCAUGCCCGGGCACGACGGCGAAAGCGCGGAGGCGAUGGUGAGCUACCUGGUGGCCCGGGGCGCGGACGUCCGGCAUCGCCCGCGCGGCACGGGGCCCACGCCGCUCCACAUGGCGUGCAGCCGGGCGUUGACCGGGGCGGUCCGCGACUUAGUGCGGGCGGGCGCGGACGUGAACGCGCCGUUCCUCCUCUCCCCGCUCUCCACCCCCUCUGUCCACGAUUUUCUCAUCCCUCCGCUCUCGAUGCUGUUCAACGAUUUUCUUCUGGAACUCGCGCAUGGUGAUAGCGACGAUCGCACGACCGGCGAAGUGCAGGAAGACAUGUACGCGUGCAUGUUGGAACUGCUGCGCGCCGGCGCGGCCAUUGACUUCUUCCAUCUUGCCGAGGGCGCUGGCGACCCCACCGCGCGAGGCCUCGAGGACGCGAUCAUGGAGCUCAUGCGAUCGGAAUACGCGGGCGAGGAUGCGGAGGACGCACCGCGCCUCAGCCACAUCUGCCCGCCUGGGGUAGAACCGGGCCAGCGGUUCCUCAUCGAGGACAGCGACGGCGAGGUUUAUGCUGUGGAAGUCCCGACGGGCAUACGGCCGGGCAUGCCGUUUCAAGCUCAUCCGAAGACGCUCGACAGCUUGAAUGAAUGCUUGGAGGUGGCGCGGGCGGUGCGAGCGAGCAUGUAUCCGUCGGCGUCGUCACGCCUGACGCCCUGGCGCCAGUACCUCCUGGCCCCGCGGCUCGAACUCCUGCGGCUCAGAUCGCUCGUCGGAGGUAACAGAGCCACGUCGAGGCUAAAGCGGCUGCCGUCGACCGCCGCGAGCAGCGACAGAACGCCGGCUCGGGCUGGCGGUCCUACGGCCGCGGCGACAGGGGCCCCGACCCGAUGCUCCCCGUGGACCGGACGCAAGUUCGACUGCACGACGCGCGCGGGCGUCCUAGACGCCCUCGCGCAGACAAAGCCGGAGCCGGCACCGACCGGCCGCAUCAUCCCGCCCCCGCGCCAAAGCUACAAGCAGCGGCCCCUGUCCGUCGCCGCGAUGCGCCAUAUCGAAUGGCUGAUGGCGCCUCAGACGCCCAGAGAGCUCGUCUGGAGGGUCCUGCAGUACUGGAAUCCGCUGGCGUAAGAAUGUAUGUACCCU